AUGGGUGGUGGAUCCAAGAGAGGUAAGGAAUUUCAAGACCGCCAUUUAGUUUUAAAAAAUCUUCAGGAAGAACUGAUGGAAAUGGUAGAGGAAAGAACAAAGAUGCACCAAAUCAAGAAAAUCAUUGAAGAAGAGUUGCUUAUGGAAAUAAAAAGGAAAGAAGAAAUGAAGAGAAGACUAAAAAUGCUCCAAACUGAAUUGAUGAGCUAUCAUCAUGAGAGAGCUGUCGAAGAAGAUACGCACUUUAUUCCAAGGAAAUUAUUCCUGAACAGUGUAGAGACAUUAAAAACCGUCCCAAAGAUACAACUCGAGAUUGCACCCAGAGUCAUUUAUGAAAUGAAAGAUGGACCGUGUGGCAGCCUUUCCUACGGAGACCAACCCCAACCACUGCUGAAGGCACGGCAUUUGCACGGAAUCAGGACAACUCGCCCCCAAGACAAGUCACCCCUCAGUAAAACAGAAGACAACUCGCCCCCAAUUUAG